AAGCCCAGAAACACACCACGCCAUUGCGUCGUGCUGAAAAAACGCGCAAUCAACGUAACGAGUCAUUUAAUAACCAUUUAUUAACGAAUUUUACCUCGAGGACUUGCUGGUGUGCAGUGUACGAGGACAGCCAACGCGUACCUUUUAACAAAUAUCGCGGCUUCCUGUUAUCUCCCGGAACUGCUGUACUGUGAUCCCCUACAGUCAAAAGUCACCAUCACUGUUCUAGGUUAAAAUAAAUGUUCAUACAAGAUGUACAGCAACUCCAAUUCUAUCGACCCCUGGGAACCAGGUUAUGCACCAGUGGAUCAUCGGUCAGACCCAGAUUACUCUGAUUACCAGAGAGAUCAGAGGGAAUACAGAAAUAGUCAAUCGCCUGAAUACAAUGAAUAUGAAGACAGGGAAAGAGAACAAAGUCCAGAUUACAGACCCUAUAGACGAGACAGGGGUAGAGAAAGAGAUAGGUCUAGGGAUAGAAGAGACAGAAGCAGAGAUGACAGGGAUAGAAAUUAUAGGGAUCGCGAAGAUCGUCACGGACGACAAAGGGACAGAGACUCUGUAGACAGAGACCGGGAUCGUGAUAGGGAUAGAGAACGAGAUCGCGACCGUGACAGAGAACGACGAAGGGAUCGCGAUAGGGACAGGGAUCGUGAUCGCAGGUCACGUAGAGAUGAUCGAAGUCGUGACAGAGAUGAUGAUCACAGUCGCGAGGGCUCUGACUAUGAUGUUGAUCAUUCACGGAGUUAUGGCAUGGGCAUGGAAGGAGUCCAUUACAAGAACCAAACUCCCAAUAACACCAUAAUGAUUCGUGGACUAGCACAGCACAUUACUGAAAAUGAUGUUCGACAAGAUAUUCUAAAUUGUGGACUGAUGCCAAAGGACAUCAGGCUUAUACGCAAGAAGGAUACAGGUGCUUCGCGAGGUUUUGCAUUCGUCGAGUUUAACGCGACUCAGGAGGCCGCACGCUGGAUGGAGAUGAAACAGGGCAUCCUAAUGCUACAGGAUCAGUAUCGUGCCGUCAUGCAGUACAGCAUCCCCAAAGAUUCGCACCCAGACAAGCCGAUAAUCAAGAACGUAUCCGAUUGGCACUGCGUCAAGUGUGGUGCACAUAACUUCAAGAGGCGCGAGACCUGUUUCAAAUGCACAGCUUCACGAGCCGAGAGCGAGGAGGGUGGUGAAGGGAGUGACGAAAUAAGCUCGUAUCCCACCAAUAUUGUCCUUCUGCGAGGUUUAGAUGUACUUACUACAGAAGAUUCGGUACUGCAAGCCAUGCAAGGCCUUUCCCAGCAACCGAUUCGCAGUAUCCGCAUCGGUCGCGACGCUCUCACCAACACAUCUCGCGGUGUUUGUUAUUUGGAGAUGGCGAAUGUCGUCGACGCUAUGUACUUGCAUUCGGCACUAACCAAGCAAGGCCUUCAAGUUGACGGACGCAAAGUCGAGGUCGCCUUCUGCAAACUACAGCAGGUUGGCCAGACUGGUUGGAAGGCGUCGGACAACGGCCGUUACUCCUUGGAGGAUGUUGCCCAGCUAGCCGAGUACAGUGCGAAUCUGUACGCCACGACGCCUGCACAAAAGGCCCACUAUCUACAGUAUUACACCCAGUACUACCAGAAUCAGAUAAUGCAAGGUUCCACAAUAACCAUGCCCUCGCUAAAUCAAACGGACAGGGUCAACGCCGCGGCGGCAGUGGCACACUCGGCUAUGCAACAGUUGCAAGCCUCUAAAAAAGUCACCGACGCCGAUGAGAUUAGGAGUCGACCCACACCAUCCGUACCGACCAGCACGACACUUGCGACUGGGCGCAUUCCUGCACACGAGAGUGACGGUAAGACCUAUACUGUUCCUGACGUUAGCUCGUAUCACUACGACGAGAGCUCUGGUUACUACUACGACUCCAGCACUGGUCUCUACUACGAUCCAAACUCACAAUACUAUUACAACAGUCACACGCAACAAUUCCUAUACUGGGACGCUGAGACAAUGUCGUACAAACCUGCACAGCAUAAUACAACUGCUACACAGGUAGCUGCACCGGCGAUGACUGGUGCGACAGCCGAGGUCAAUCCGCAAGCUGGAGAAAUGACGGACGACAAGAGGAAAGAAACGAAACAGGAUAAAGUCAAAGUUGCCAAGAAAAUCGCUAAAGAUAUGGAGCGAUGGGCGAAGACUCUUAACCAGAAAAAAGAGAAUGCCAAAACCAACUGGACCGCCGAUCAGAGUGUAGAAGGAGGUUUCCAAAACAGUGGUGGUGGAACUAGUGGAGCUGCAGAUGCUGGCUACGCUAUUCUUGAGAAGAAAAGUCUAGCAACCGCGAUGUACUUGGAGGACGAAGAUAUCAGUGGUAAUAAUGGAUUGGUCGCUGCUUACGGUGGCGGUAGUGACACCGAAGAAGAGAUUGAGGAUGUACAGCAAGAGGACAGACAACAUACAGACUGGAGUAAGCUCGCUUGCCUUCUCUGCAAACGUCAGUUCCCCACCAAGGAAGCUCUAACGAGACAUCAGCAAUUAUCCGACUUGCACAAACAGAACCUGGAGAAUUGGUAUCAAGUUCGUGGUCUCGAUCCUAAUGAUCCUCAACAACGAAAUAACAAAUACAGAGAUCGCGCGAAGGAGCGACGUGCCAAGUACGGAGAACCAGAACCACCACAACCAAACAGACUCAAAGAGAAGUAUCUGAAGAGCCGAAAUGAAGAAAUAGCCACGUCUUACGAGGAACCAACUAAAGCCGGAAUAGGCUCUGACAACGUUGGCAAUAAGCUUUUGCAAAAAAUGGGCUGGAGUGAAGGUAUGGGACUUGGUAAAGCAAAUCAAGGUAGAACAAGCAUAAUUGAAGCAGAACGUCGAGUUUCUACGGCUGGAUUAGGUGCAAAGUCUUCGACGUACAAUACAUUGCCCGGAGAUACAUACAAAGACUGUGUGAAGAAGAUGAUGUAUGCCCGCUAUCAAGAACUUUCCGAUUAAUAAAACAAAUAAAUCAUCUUGAUUUGUUUAUCUCUUUUUUGUUACACGUCGAUUUAUACGUAUCUUAUAAUUACGUAACAAUGACAAAUCAUUUGUACAUAACAGUCAAUUAUUGUACUGUUGUUCGGCGAAUUACUAAAUCAUUGAAUCCAUUUCCACACCAGCAACAUAUUUCAAUAAAGCCAGAUUUACUUUAACGACUUUAUUGCCUGUAGUGAUUAAUGAUCAAUUUAAAAAAUAGUUAAUGAUGAACGUCAAUUUUAUUCAAUACAUUGUUUAUUAAAAAUUAUAUAUAAAAUUGUAGAUUUGUAAUCACACAUGGCUUUUUUUUAAUCUUUAUACUUUGAAAAAUUGUAUACAUCAAAAAGUUGUAAACUAUUUUUUAUUUCGUCUGUAUAAUUUACUU